AUGAGCUCAAUCGACACAGAGCAAAAGUAUGAUGUCCUCAUCAUUGGAGCCGGUCUCUCUGGUGUUUGUGCGCUUUACAACUUCCGCAAGCGCUUCCCGACUUGGAGAGUAGGUGUCUUGGAGGGCGCCGACAAUGUCGGAGGUACUUGGUACUGCAAUCGCUACCCUGGCGCCCGAGUUGACACCGAAUCCUUGUCCUAUGCAUACUCCUGGGACAAAGACCUUUUGAAUGAAUGGAGCUGGAAAGAUACAUUCUCAACUCAAGAUGAUGUCCUUCGUUAUAUUCAGCAUGUCUGCGCCAAACACGACCUGAACAAAGACAUUCAGUUCAACACCCGAGUCAAGACCGGCCGGUGGCAGGAGAAGAACAACACUUGGCUUUUCUGCGAUGAGAAGGGCACUUUCCACCGGACUCGAUUCUUCGUCAGCUGCAUGGGUUUCCUGUCUACUCCCACUCUUCCUGCUAUCCCCGACAUCGAAAAGUUCGAGGGCGAAGCUUUCCACACCUCCCGCUGGCCAAAGAACUUUGAUGUGACUCGUGGGUUGGCUGGCAAACGAGUUGGUGUUAUUGGCACUGGAGCAACUGGUAUUCAAACCAUCACUGCAGUAUCAAAGGAGCCUGUCAAGUCAUUGAGUGUUUUCCAACGCACUGCCAACUGGUCUGCCCCACUUCGCAACGAGCCCAUCAGUCCACAACAAAUGGAGCAGCACCGCAGAGACUAUGACAAGCUUUUCAAACUCUGUGCCGAAACACCCACAUGCUUCAUGCACCAGGCUGACCCACGCAAGUCCCUUGAAGUAUCCGCCGAAGAGCGACAGGCUUUAUGGGAGGAAAUUUACGCAAAGCCUGGUUUCGCCAAGUGGCUGGGUACUUUCAGCGAUACCUACAGCAACCGGGAGGCUAAUAAGCUCUACUCCGACUUCAUGGCCAGCAAGAUCCGAGCAAGAAUUCACGAUCCCAAGGUGGCUGAUAGCUUGAUUCCCAAAAACCACGGUUUCGGCACACGACGAGUUCCGCUUGAGAGUGGUUACUUUGAAGUAUACAAUCAGCCCAACGUCCACCUUGUUGAUCUUCAGAAGACACCAAUUGAGCGAGUAACAAAGAAUGGUAUCAUCACAAACGAUGGAAAGACUCACGAGCUGGACGUACUGAUCUACGCCACUGGCUUUGACGCCAUCACCGGUGCAUUCAACUCUGUCGACUGGCAAGGAAAGGAUGGCCGACCUCUCAUUGGGUCCAGCGAUACCGAAGAAGGCAAAAACGCCAUCUGGGCUGACCACCGCCCACGCACAUACCUGGGCAUGACAGCAUGCUCUAUGCCUAACAUGUUCAUGGUCUUGGGUCCACACCAGCCCUUUGGAAACGCUCCACGAACCAUUGAGCAUGCCGUUGAGGUCAUUUCAGAGCUUCUGCAGCACUGCAAGGACAACAACUUCUCCUAUGUGGAACCCACCUCUGAGGCAGUCGAGGCAUGGACUGACCAUGUUGUUGAGUGCAGCAAGGGAGCAUUGUCGAAUGAGAUUGAUAGUUGGAUGACUGGUGUGAACAAGAAUGUUAAGGGAAAGACUGUUCGAAGCGUUGCAAGAUAUGCUGGUAAUGCGGUGGAAUAUCGACGGAGAUGCGCUGAGUCUAGAGCAGCUGGUUGGAAGGGACUGGCAUUUGCACAGCUCUCAACCAACGCUAGACUUUGA